AUGGAAGGUUUGCAUCGAUUUUGCCGUGUUGCAGCGGGUGGCGCGCACAGUUUGCUGGUCACUGAACGCGCCGAAGUCUUAGCGUGGGGCAGCAACUCACAUGGCCAAGUUGGCAACGACAGUUUGGAGGACAUCCCCUUCCCAGUGACUGUGAUCGAACCUGGGCGCGCUCAAUUCGUGUUCGCCGGGAGAUACUCGUCGAUGAUGAUCGACUUGGAUGGGCAGUUGUGGGCCUGGGGUUCCAAUGAGGAUGGCAUCCUGGGAAUUGGCAGCGGUGUGGCCAAGCAGGUAGUCCCAACCCGGGUGGAGACCGGUGGCAAGGCUAUCAAGCAUGCAGCUGGAGGGUGGAAACAUUUUUUGGCUGUGACUGAAGAUGGUGAGCUCCUCACUUGGGGAAACAAUGACUAUGGUCAACUGGGGGAUGGAACUCAAGAGAAGCGUCGUGCAGCAAUGGUUACACCACUACCCGGAAAUGUUCGGGCGGAAGUGGUCAGUGCUGGAUCCUACCAGUCCCUGGUUCUAACGGAAACUGGCGAAGUCUUGGCAGCUGGCAUGGGCUACACCAAACCCGGUUUGGAAUUCCUCCAGGUCAUCCGCACUGGGGUCACCAUGGUUGUGGCUGGAAUCUCCCACAACCUCGCUCUCACUCGGACUGGUACUGUGUUGGCCUGGGGCGCCAAUGAUCAUGGCCAAAUCGGGAAUGGAAGCUUUGAUUUUCAGCCCACUCCCACUGCCGUGGCGCGGAAACAGCUGAUCAUCGCAGCUGGUGGGAGCCAAAGUUACUGUGCAGAUGAUGUGUAUCAAGUGAAGGCUUGGGGUUAUGGGGUCAUGCCAGCAGAUCCGAUGUCGUUGGAUUGCCCCGACCGAUUCACUGUCACCGAACCCACCGACUUGUUUAUACCUGAUGGUGCAUUUUCCAUCGCGGCAGGUGAUGAUCAUGCAGUCAUUGUAGGGCCACUGGGGCAGGUAGGUGCCUAUGGUGCUAACAUGUGUGGGCAAGUUGGGAACAACUCCCUGAUGGAUGUUGGCCGUAUACAUGCCAUCCUCCAGGGUGGAACCGUGGAAAUCCUCAGUCGAGAGGCCCGGCUGGCAGCUGCCAUUAAAGGCCCCGCAGAGGAAUACAUGUUGGAGAGCAAGGCCAGCGCAGAGUCCGAGCCCACCGCCUCAGCGGUGCAACUGGCCCUCGGCCCCCGUGCCGCCGGCGGAGUGACGGGCCCGGUGGGUGAUGGCGCAGGUUACACAUCGAGAAGUGAUGCCCGGCAAAUUUUGAGUUGCGGAGUUCGCGACCUCCUUGCUGUGCAGCGUGUGCCAGUCGUGGCGUGGCCAGAGGGCCUUCGCAACGUGCCGCCACCUCGGAACAAGGUCUACCACAUGACCGAAAAACGCCACGUGCGGCAGGUGGAAAGCAAGACAGAGUUUCAGGAUCGGCCAAAUGGAAAGAGGGUGGUCUAUCGGACCAAUGGCUUGCGAGCCAGCGAUCAGCCUGCCAAGGAAGUUGACAUCACCACUGAGAUGACCCGAAAGGCCCGUGUGGAGGGCAUGAUGCUGCAGCGGAACCUGAUUGACUGCCACGCGUUAGGGGACAAGUACUACCGGCACCCGGAAUACGCGCCUGGCUUCUACAAAGCUGGUGGUCUUAUCACUGGCAGCUCCUUCCAUCGUGGGAUGCACAAGAAAACCCAGCCGCGAAAUGGCAUGAGUGUAGUUCUUCUUACAGAAGGCACCAGAAGGGCCUCGAAGACGUAUCUAGAAAUGCUCGCGGAGCGUGAGGCGACGGACGCCAAGUCAGAAGUCCAGGCCCUCACCAACGAGUGGGAAAACCAAACGUUGAAGGAGAUCGACAAGACGUAUCAGGAACCCUUGGACUCCGAGGAUGAAGGUGCCAAAGAGGCCACCAGUGCUAGCUGA